AUGGCAUUAGCGGUGAAGAUUGAGGUUCUUCACAAAGAAAGAAUUACACCAUCCUCUCCAACUCCUCACCACCUUAGAAUUUUCAGCCUCUCAACUUUUGAUCAGUUUUCUCCUGCACUUUAUUUCCCUCUAAUCCUCUUCUAUCCCAACAAUAGUGAUAUUCAUGAGGUCAAUAAUAUUGAUCCCCAAUGUUUGGUUGUUGAAAGAACCAAGCUUCUGAAAAGAUCACUAUCCGAAACCUUAAGUCGCUUCUACCCCUUUGCAGGAAGAAUCCAUGAUCAUGCUUCAGUCUGUUGCAAUGACAAGGGAGCAAUGUUUCUUGAAGCUCAGGUCAACUGUCCCAUAUCAAGGGCUUUGGACAAACCCGAUCCUGGUUUUGUUAAGGAGUUGGUUCCUAAUUUACAACAAUCUACUGAAGGAGACAUCGGCCAUGAUCUUCUACUAGUCCAGGCCAACUUCUUUGAAUGUGGUGGAAUCGCAAUCGGAUUCAACGUUUCACAUAAGAUCAUCGAUGCCUUCACACUUAGUACAUUCCUCAAUAGUUGGUCUGCAACUUCCCGUGGUCUGCAACUUCCUCCACAUCAAUAUGUUGCUGCAGCUUCUCGUUUCCCAUCACUUGAUUUGUUCAAGCCACCGCCACCGUUUGUGAAGAUUGCUAGAGAGAGGUGUACAACAACGAGGUUCUUGUUUGAAUCCUCUAAGAUUGAAUCUCUGAAGGCGGAAGCUGCCAGUGCUGCCGUGCAAAAUCCUUCGAGAGUCGAAGUCGUGUCAGCACUGAUUUGGAAAUGUGCGAUGAAAGCAUCCACUGCAAACUCGGAUUCUGCAAGACCACCAUCAACAGCAUGGUUGCAAACUGUGAACAUGCGGAAAAUAUUGGGGCAACCAUCUGCGGAGAACUUGAUGGGGAACCUUUUGGGUUUCUUUGCAGUAAUAUCUAUGAAAGGCGAAGGUGAGGCUGAUCUUCAAGGCUUGGUUGCUGCAAUGAGGAAGGGGUAUAAAGAACUUAAGAUGAAGUAUGGUGCUAAUGGAGUUGGUGUGGACGAUGUAAGUAAACUCCUGAAAGAGUAUGGUGAGGUGUUGCAAAGGGAUGACAUAGAGUGUUAUUGCUCCACCAGUUGGUGCAGGUUGCCUUUUUAUGAAACCAAUUUUGGAUGGGGAAAGCCAUUGAUGAGUAGUCCGGCAAUUGAAGAAAUCAAGAAUUUAACUACGCUGAUGGAUACGAGUGAUGGACGUGGCAUUGAAGCACGCUUGACUUUGAAAGAAGAAGACAUGGCCAUAUUUGAAAAAAAUGAGGAGCUGCUUGCAUAUGCUUCUCUAAAUCCCACCGUCAUAUAG